UAGUAGUGGUUGUGUUUUUGGUGGUUUGUGGUGGUAGUGUUAGUAGUGGUUGUGUUUUUGGUGGUGGUGGUGUUUGUGGUGGUGAUGUUGGUAGUGUUAGUAUUGACGGUGUUGGGGUUGAUGGUGUUGGUUUUGGUAAUGUUUGUGGUGGUGAUGUUAAAGUCCUUCGUGAACUUUGUGAACAUGUCGAUGACCGUGGAAACACAAUUGGAGAACCUUCUGUUUCACAAGAAACAGAGUGUACUUUGAAAAGAAUUACGUGUUCGUAAAGAAAUGUUCAAAGCGCGAAAAGAUCUUAGACGAACAAUCCUUUUUGGAAGUUUUGCAAGUAAAAUGUUGAAUGUCUGUCUCAUUUAAACAGGUACCGUUAAAUGAUUCACAAUGGUGAGUUGUGUUUAGUGUCAUUAAAUUAAAGCACUCUGCUGUGAACUUUCAAAUGAAACCAUCUAACUUAUAAUUGCAUGAUGUCAUCACAGAAAACUUACAAUAAAGCUAAAUAACCUUAAAACAUGAAUAUUUAUUUCUCGAACAUUAACGCCUAUAACAUAGCUUAUAUUUACUGUUCUUUUUACUUGACGUCGUAAUCAAAUGUUGGCUGUACGAAUGAAAAUUAAUUCAUCAAGUUUUCUCGUUUAAAGAAGCACUUGUAUUUCCGCCAUUUUAUUGUUGUUUUGAUAACUGGGAGGAAUGUUAAAACGCUUUGUAAAAGCAUUUGAAAAGAAAAGAUGUAUUUGUUAUUGUGUUUCGUGGCUUUUGGUGUCCUAAAGUAAAGAACUAUAUCCACAGACGCGAUGUAAUCGGCACAUUCAUAAUGAGGAAUUUGUGCAAAUAUAUUGUGCGAAAGAUCAUCCACGCAAAUGAUAAUUGAUAGUAAUUUAUUAAAAAUUGAUGAGAUGAUAAAAUAACAUGUUUCGACAAUCCAAAGAAAAGAAAGGUCCACUUGCUAUGCACAUUUAUAUUAGCUCAAGAUUCCAUAUUUUCGUGUUCAUACGGAAGUUGCUUUCACAUCAAACAACUAUAAGGGCAACGAGCACACUUUAUAAUGGAUAUGAGCGUUUUUAACUUGUGGAUACUCGUUGCCAUCAACAUCGUAUUUUUCUUUGUCGGCACAGUGCUAAAUGUUCUUGUAAUUAUAGUGUUUUGGCGUUCGACAUACUUGCGGAAGAAAUUGUGUUAUUUCAUGAUUAUGGUGUUGUCUUGUUGUGACUUGAUAACUGUGCUAUUGAAUAAUCCUGUUUUGGUAGUCAUCGCUGCACUUUUCAUCAAAAAUAAAGAUAACAUAUUUUCUCAAUGGGAACGUAUUAUCCUCGAGAUUGUAUCGAUAACUAUUUCGUCUUCAUUUUUGGCUUUGUUAGUCAUGAACAUUGAUCGUUACUUGUCUGUAUCAAAGCCAUUAUACCACAAGACGAACGUCACCAAACGAAAACUGCUCUUGCUGUUUAUAGCACUACAAUCAAUAAAUGUCAUCAUAGCUGUAUUACACACAGAGGAGCUUGCUUAUCCAAGAGAAAUAAAUGCUUUUAUAUUUAUGGUUUUGUAUCUGCCGCCGAUGUUAUUUAUCAAUUAUAAACUCCUGCGGUUGUCAAGAAAAUAUCGCAAGUCUAAUGUCAAAAAUCGUGAGAAGAAGGCAACAUCCACCUUGAAGCAAAUUUCAAUUUCUUUGAUGGCAUUUGCAGGUAUAAUUGUUUUUUCCAUUCCUGUGCUCGUGUUCAUCGUUUACAACAUGUUUGUAACAGAAAUCAAAUGGAAAAACGUUGUCGAACUUUGGCUGAGGACAAUUUUAACAAUGAAUUCGACGUUUAACUGCUUGAUCUUUUUUUGGAAAAACACAAUUUUACGAACAGAAGCAUUUAAGAUCGUUAAAACUAUACUAGGGGUUCAUUAAGUGCUUAAUGUGAGCUUAUAGUCUUUUAGUGUCCAUGGAUAUUCUUCAAGAUUAUACAGUAAGAUACAAUAUUUUGAAAUAUUCUUCCUAUAAAACGUUUUUGUUUGUUUAACGUUAAUUACUUAGCCUAUUUGCACAUGUACACUUAAUGAAAAUAUUGUAGUAUAAUAAUGCAUGAACCAUUCAAAUUAGUAAACUGCUGUAAAUGAAAAGUUCUUCAUACCUAAAUAAAUGAAAUAUAGAUAAAAAAAA